AUGUCAGACGACUUAGACCGUGAAAUUCAGCUGCUAGAAUUCGAACGCCAGACUUCCAUGGAUGCCAUUCGCGACACUCUACAGAGCAUCACCACUAGACUCGACAGUUUAUUCGCGAUGGUAGGGGAAAUGAAACAAGACGUGCGCACAUUGCUGGACCGAACAGCACCGAAGUCCUCGUGCGUAUUCUGUCUGGUCAACGACAAUGUCGACAAUCACCUUACUUCUCGCUGCCAUCGCUACCCCGAUCCGAUCAGUCGAGCAAUGAGAAUUUCCGAACUACGCUUGUGUGAGCGCUGCCUGCGCCAAGAGCACGGCGCAGCCGUUUGUACCGUUACCUGUAACAACUGUCGAGGACCCCACAACACUGUGCUCUGCGCUGGUCAUCCAAUCAGAAAGCGUAAGCUUUGA